AUGUCGCACUCACACGCUUGUUGUACAAUUCCUCCUGUUGCCAGCAACUACCAGGCUGUUGGUACCAUCGAAAAGGUUGGAGCUGAUGAGCUUCCCGUCUAUGUUGUUGGUCCUAAGGAUGCCAAGAAGGCCAUUCUCGUCAUUUACGAUAUCUUCGGCCCCCACAACAACACCAAGCAGUUUUGCGACAUCCUUGCCAAGGAAUGUGGUUACAAGGUUGUGAUGCCCGACUUUUUCCGUGGUGAGCCUUGGACUGAAGAAAAGAUGGGUGACAUGCAAGCUCUUAUUGCUUGGAUUGGCAAGGUUGGCGCCAUUGAAGUGGUUGCUCCUCAAAUCAAGUCUGUUGCUGAAUGGCUUCAGGGUCAAGGCGUUACUAAGGCUGGCCUUGUCGGUUUCUGCUGGGGUGCCAAGAUUGCUGUUCAAAUGACCGCCAUCGACUCAUUCUUUGGUGGUGCCUCGCUUGUCCAUCCCUCCUUUGUUGAUGUCAAGGAUGCCGAAAAGGCUGGUGCUCCUCUCCUUGCUCUUCCCAGCAAGGAUGAACCUGAUAUGACUGAAUACAUGAAGGUCGUGUCUCAGAAGCCUUUUGGUGACAAGUGCGCACACCGCCGCUUUGAUGAUAUGCCUCACGGUUUUGCUGCUGCUCGUGGUGAUUACACUGAUGAACUUAAUAAGAAGCGUGCCACAGAAGCUAUUCAACUCACUGCUAACUUUUUCUCCAAGGUGUUGUCUGACAACUAA